GUUUUUUUAAUGGAGGACGAAAAUCUCAAAAUGCAAAAAGUCAGAUAAAUUCGCCCAAAUAUCACUCGAUUCACGACAUAUUUUAGAUACUGCACCUUGGUUGCACUCUGGACAUGUACUACAUUAUGUCAAAGGCCCAAGCCAAGUACCACCUAUCGGAGAGACUCAUACGCGCCAUCAGUAAUUGGCAAGUGGUCGCGGGAGUAGAUGAUGAUGUCGAGGAGCUAUUGGAGGCUGGGGCAGAAGUGAAUCAAUCUCAUGGAACCCUGUUACCUUUGCAUUGUGCCUGCAUGGUAUCUGAUGUCUACUGUCUCAGGCUUCUCAUUGAGAAGGGUGCGGAUGUGAAUAUGCUAGAUGGCUAUGGCCGCUGUGCUCUCCACUAUGCUGCAGAAAAAGAUGCGACAUGCUGUGAGAUUCUGCUCUCCCACGGUGCUGAUGUGAACACAGGCGAUGGCAACCAGGGUACGGCCUUACACUGGGCGGCCUUCAAGAAUAACAUAGAGUGUGUGAAAGUCCUUCUCCAACAUGGAGCACAUGUAAACAUACUUGACUUCAAUAUGAACAAUCCCCUCAGCUGGGCUGCCCAGCGCGGAAAUCUUCAGAGUCUCAAAAUACUUUUAGAAUAUAACGCUGAUGUUGAUGUUCGCAAUUACAAUCAGCAGACGCCGCUGAUGAGAUGUGCGAUGAUUCAAAAUACGGGACUCAACACCGAUCAGGAUGAUGCGAGUUUGGAACUUUUAAUCAAAGCAAGCGGAGAUUUGAAAUUGAGAAACGGUGAGGGAGAACUUCCCGGCUUUCUGACGAGAAAUAAUAAAUUGUGUGAGUUGUUGAUGCCGUACUGUCAGCAGCCACGACGCUUGUCUGAUCUGUCGCGCUAUGUUAUCAGGAAGAGUAUGGGAUCGGUGUAUCUUCCAAACGCCGUGAAGCAAUUACCACUGCCCUCUAUGUUACAGGACUUCCUCUUGUUGGCGAGAUAGUUACCCGAUAGUAACUGGAGAUAGUUACCAUAGUAACUGAAUAUAACUGUCAUAGUUUCAAAGCAUUGCUCUGCUGUUCCAUUACAAUGAAAUCUAGGUAUUUAUUUGAGACGUGACGUCAAUCAUGUCUCAGUUUUUACAAAAUUUUGGUCAUCACAUGUUCAUUUUGUCGCACACCUUAGUGAAAAUCAGUGUCACAUAUUGGCAUGGCGAUACACUAUUGUUUGUACAAGUGUCAGAAGAACCCGUCGGCGGGCUAGGUUGAAGCAGCCUGUGUAAGGGGGUGCACGGCUUAGAGGUUGGGACUGUAACACUGUGCUCUGAUAUUAUUUGAUUGACUUCACAUUGGGUUGAAUUGGUCAGGUACUUUGAAUGAGCUCCCUCGCCAGUUAUGGUCCUAUUGAGGUGUUGGUGUCGUCAGUCACAGAUGGACUUGGCUGCCACCACCCCUGCUAUUGUUUUGUUUUGAAUAUAGUUAUAUUUACCAGUUUGUGUUUACAGCAGUAAUACUGUACCUGUCAAUGUCUGUCCCUCGGUUUUCUGUUUAUCUUGGUUGGCUAAGCUAGAGUGUGUAGAUUGGAGCUGGGCACAUCUUGGGACAUGUGCCAAAAAUGUUUUACGUCUGGACAUUCCAUGUUAUUUGUUAAGAAUUGAUUCCAGUAAAAGCUCCAAAAACAACAUUUAGAAGAAAUGUUGUAAUUACAUAUCUGAAGAGGAGUCCAAUCUGAGCCAUGAAAUACAUCAUGUUUGCUGACUUUGGAGGGAGAUUGGUGAUGCAUGAUACAUAAUCUGGUCCUGCUUUAGUACACUUGAAUAUGAAAUCAAUUGAUUUUCCUCCUGGUGAGUUUCAUGGUACUAUUACGGAUUUCGUUUGUUUUGGGAUUGUGCUUCUGAACUGUGCUGUAUACCAUAUACUGUAAAGUCGACCAGGUGCUGUCCAUACUUUCCAGCUGGCAGCAGCAAUGUGCGUAAUGGAAUAUACCCUUACAUACUUGGAAGGUCAGGACAGCUCCUGACCAGUUUUAGAGCUGCCUGCACUCCAUUGUCAAAUACAGACUAAGGAAGGCUCUGUUAUUAGUGUUAAUUUUACCGGUUGGUCAAUCGGAAAGGUCGACUUUAUACUUGAAGAUUUACAAUGUCAUGUUGAUGUUGUUCUUGAUAACGUGAUUAUGUAUUUCCAGUGACUGAAAAGAUGAUGAAAUGGAUUGGUUUUUAUACUUA